AUGGGGCUGCAGAUGCGCGUGCAGAGGGCAGCAGGGCGCACGGGGCGCACAAGACAGCAGGGCGUGCGAGGCGCGCAGGGCUGCAGGGCGCGCAGGGCGCGCAGGACAGCAGGAAGGGCUGUAGCAGCCGCAGCGAGGACUGUAACAGCAGCAGUAAGGACUGUAGCGGCAGCAGCAGGGCGCGCGGGGCGCACAGGGCAGGCUGCAGGGCGCGCGGGGCGCACAGGGCAGCAGGGCAGCAGGGCGCACGGGGCGCAGCAGGGCUGCAGGGCGCGCGGGGCGCACAGGGCAGCAGGGCGCACAGGGCUGCCGGGCAGCAGGGCGCGCAGGGCAGCAGGACAGCAGGGCGCGCAGGGCGUGCGGGGCGCAGCAGGGCUGCAGGGCGCGCGGGGCGCACAGGGCAGCAGGGCAGCAGGGCUGCAGAUCCCCUCCCCCCACUGCUGCACCCGCAGCAGGGAGAGGGAGGAGAAAAGAGGGGGGGGGGGCGGGGGGGCUGGUGCUGCAGAUCCCCUCCCCCCAACUGCUGCACCCGCAGCAGGGGAAUGGAGGAGAAGAGGGGGGGGGGGGCGGGGGGGGGGCUGCCGCAGCAGGGGGAUGGAGGAGAAAAGGGGGGGGCGGAGGGGGCUGGUGCAGCAGAUCCCCUCCCCCCCACUGCUGCACGCGCAGCAGGGGGAUGGAGGAGAAGGGCGGAGGGGGGGGCGGGGGGGGGGGGGGCUGGUGCUGCAGAUCCCCUCCCCCCCACUGCUGCUUCACUAUCCGUCACCCCCCAGGGAUGAAGGAGAAGGGGGGGGACGGGGGGGGUUGGUGCUGCAGAUCCCCUCCCCCCCACUGCUGCACCCGCAGCAGGGGGAGGUAGGAGAAGGGGGGGGCAGGGGGGGCUGGUGCUGCAGAUCCCCUCCCCCCCACUGCUGCUCCACAAUCCUUCACCCCCCAGGGAUGGAGGAGAAAGGGGGGGCGGGGGGGGGCUGGGCACCGGGGCCGCGGCUAGGGGCGACAGGUCGUGAGGGGCCGAGGUUAGAGGUGACGGGGCCGCGGUUAGGGGCGGCAGGUCGCGAGGGGCCAUAG